UGAAACAGGCCAAUUGUCUUGUCCGGCUGUGGGGCAGGUCGUACAGCUGCACCGUGCUGCGCUGCGUCGUUCGUGUCUGGCAGCCGAUGACUCACUGAAAUGUACUCUUCUGUUGGCCGACAGGAACCACUUAGUUCCUGCGCCGGAUCGUCCACUCACGUGUCCGCUCCUAUUUAUAUUCAGGUAGCUACUAGCCGACUUGCUAAUACUACUUCGAGUCCUUCUACGAAUUCUCACACUCCUCGCCUUCGUCCGUCUCACACUCACGUACGUCUCCUCGCUCACGUACGCGUCCUUGCUCACGUCCGUCUCGCACUCACGUACGUCUCCUCACUCGUGUACGUCUCCUCGCUCACGUCUGUCUCGCAAUGCCUCGUCAACUCGCCGCACUCGUGUACGUCUACUCGCUCACGUCCGUCUCGCAAUGCCUCGUCAACUCGCCGCACUCGUGUACGUCUACUCGCUCACGUCCGCCUCGCACUCGCCACUUGUGUCUCACGGCGCAAGUUCCCAACUGA